AUGGACCCUGAACAAGCCGCACCACUGGGGGUUGAAAAAUUGGGAAAUGAUGUGGUUCUCUUGGCCGAAUCCAGCAAUGACAAACUUGAGAACUCAAGUAAAGCACCGGAUGGUGGUCUCCAAGCCUGGCUUACUACAGCCGGGGCAGCUUUCACCUUCUUCGCGGCCCUAGGUUUCGCCAACUCGUUCGGUGUCUUCGAAGAGUACUAUCUUGCGCAUCAAUUGAAAGACCAAGCGGCGGACAAAGUUGCAUGGAUUGGGUCAUUGUCAGCUUUUCUCCAACUGGCAGCAGGAGCUGUGGGGGGACCCUUGUUUGACCGAUAUGGGGCCUGGGUUAUUCGACCCGCGGCAGUAUGCUAUGUGUUUUCUUUAAUGAUGACGAGCCUAUGCCAGGAGUAUUGGCAGUUCAUGCUUGCCCAGGGUGUCCUAUUGGGCAUCUCUAUGGGUCUGUUGCAGUUCCCCUCAAUGGCAGCAGUGAUGCAGUAUUUCGACAAGAACAUCGCAGCAGCAUUGGGAGCAGCAGUUGCUGGGUCAUCCAUUGGCGGCGUGGUAAUUCCAAUCGCUCUAUCUAAGAUGCUGAACAGCACAUCACUUGGAUUUGGGUGGUCGGUCCGGAUCAUUGGAUUUGUUGUCACUCCCCUGUUGGCUUUCUCAUGUGUGACAGUGAAAGCACGGCUUCCGCCUCGAAAGACGUCAUUUUAUCUUCUCUCUGCUUUUACCAAGCUUGACUACUGCCUCCUCGUCGCGGCCAUGUUCUUCAUGUUCUUUGGAUUCUUUACCCCUUUGUUUUACAUCCCGACAUAUGCCGUGUCUCGGGGGAUGGAUGCCACCCUUGCCUCAUACCUACUAGCAAUUCUGAAUGCGGCUUCGACAUUUGGUCGAAUCAUUCCCGGAGUUCUAGCAGACAGAUUUGGCCGAUUGAAUGUGCUGUCGCUGGGGGGAAUCAUCACUGGCAUCAUCAUAUUUUGCAUGAACAAAGCCGAAUCCAACCCGGCUUUGAUUGUCUACUCAAUUGCGUUCGGCUUCUGGUCAGGGACUAUCAUCUCUGGCGCCACAGCAGCACUUUCAAUCUUGAUUCCGAAUCCCAGUGUAACAGGCACAUAUCUGGGAAUGGCAUUGGGUGUUUCCUCGUUGGCAGCUCUGAUUGGGCCUCCAGUGAAUGGGGUGCUUGUUACCAAGUACCACGGAUUUUCCGAGGUGUCAAUCUUGAGCGGGACAACCUGCGUAUUUGGAGGACUGAUUGCGCUGGUUCUCAAGACACAAACCAAACAAGGGCUAUUGGGCAGGGUAUGA